AUGAGUUUAAGUUAUGAUGAACACAAAUCAAAUCCUAUAUUUACAGGUGAAGAAAUUUUUGCAUUUGAAAGAACUGUUAGCAGACUAAUAGAAAUGCAAGGUCAAGAAUGGUUGAGUAAAGUUAUUUUAAAAUUAAGAUCUGGUGAUGACAAAUAUAUUUUUAAACCUAAUGUUGAAUGCAUGUGUUAA